CGUCACGGGACAGAGCAGUCGGUGACAGGACAGAGCAGUCGGUGACGGGACACAGUGGUUGGUGACGGGACAGAGCGAUCGGUGACAGCCUCAAGGGCUUCAGCACCGCGCCCAUGGCAGAGCCAGACCGCCACCUUCCCGCCAGAGCCUUUGCCCAAAACCUGGUAUCACCCCCUCUCCUCCCUCCCUAAUCCCACCUCUCGGGCCUGGCCACUCCACCCCACCCCUUCCAGGACUCAGAUUCAGACUCUGAGGGAGGAGCCGCUGGUGGAGAAGUAGACAUGGACUUCCUGCGGAACUUAUUCUCCCAGACGCUCAGCCUGGGCAGCCAGAAGGAGCGUCUGCUGGACGAGCUGACCUUGGAAGGGGUGGCCCGGUACAUGCAGAGCGAACGCUGUCGCAGAGUCAUCUGUUUGGUGGGAGCUGGAAUCUCCACAUCUGCAGGCAUCCCCGACUUUCGCUCUCCAUCCACCGGCCUCUAUGACAACCUAGAGAAGUACCAUCUUCCCUACCCAGAGGCCAUCUUCGAGAUCAGCUAUUUCAAGAAACAUCCGGAACCCUUCUUUGCCCUCGCCAAGGAACUCUAUCCUGGGCAGUUCAAGCCGACCAUCUGUCACUACUUCAUGCGCCUGCUGAAGGACAAGGGGCUACUCCUGCGCUGCUACACGCAGAACAUAGAUACCCUGGAGCGAAUAGCAGGGCUGGAACAGGAGGACUUGGUGGAGGCCCAUGGCACCUUCUACACAUCGCACUGCGUCAGCGUCAGCUGCCGGCACGAAUACCCGCUAAGCUGGAUGAAAGAGAAGAUCUUCUCUGAGGUGACGCCCAAGUGUGAGGACUGUCAGAGCCUUGUGAAGCCUGAUAUCGUCUUUUUUGGCGAGAGCCUCCCAGCGCGUUUCUUCUCCUGUAUGCAGUCAGACUUCCUGAAGGUGGACCUCCUCCUGAUCAUGGGCACCUCCUUGCAGGUGCAGCCCUUUGCCUCCCUCAUCAGCAAGGCACCCCUCUCCACCCCUCGCCUGCUCAUCAACAAGGAGAAAGCUGGCCAGUCGGACCCUUUCCUGGGGAUGAUUAUGGGCCUCGGAGGAGGCAUGGACUUUGACUCCAAGAAGGCCUACAGGGACGUGGCCUGGCUGGGUGACUGCGACCAGGGCUGCCUGGCCCUUGCUGAGCUCCUCGGAUGGAAGAAGGAGCUGGAGGACCUUGUCCGGAGGGAGCACGCCAGCAUAGAUGCCCAGUCGGGGGCGGGGGCCCCCAACCCCAGCACUUCAGCUUCCCCCAAGAAGUCCCCGCCACCUGCCAAGGACGAGGCCAGGACAACAGAGAGGGAGAAACCCCAGUGACAGCUGUAUCUCCCAGGCGGGAUGCCGAGCUCCUCAGGGACAGCUGAGCCUCAACCAGGCCUGGCCCCCUCUUAACCAGCAGUUCUUGUCUGGGGAGCUCAGAACAUCCCCCAGUCUCUUACCACUCCCUCCCCAAAACUGGGGUUCCAGCAACCCUGCCCCCCCAACCCCAGCAAAUCUCUAACACCUCCUAGAGGCCAAGGCUUAAACAGGCAUCUCUACCAGCCCCACUAUUUCUAACCACUCCUGGGUUAAGGAGUAACCUCCCUCAUCUCUAACUGCCCCCACGGGGCCAGGGCUACCCCAGAACUUUUAACUCUUCCAGGACAGGGAGCUUCGGGCCCCUACUCUGUCUCCUGCCCCCAGGGGCCUGUGGCUAAGUAAACCAUACCUAACCUACCCCAGUGUGGGUGUGGGCCUCUGAAAAUAACCCACACCCAGCAUAGGGGGAGUCUGAGCCGGGAGGGCUCCUGAGUCUCUGCCUUCAGCUCCCAAAAUGGGUGGUGGGCCCCCUUCACGUGGGACCCGCUUUCGCUUCCUGUGCUGGAUGGGCAGAAGACAUUGCUUAUUGGAGACAAAUUAAAAACAAAAACAACUAACAA